AUGCAUUGGAGAAAUGUUCAAUAUUUCCAUGCUCCAAAGGCUUAUCAGUAUUCCACAAGAUGGUUUCCAGACAUCAAUCUCCCCAUGAAUGAACUUGAUGAUGAGUCUCCUAAACUUUUGAACUUGUCCUUAGCCGAGCUAUCAGAAUUCAGUCUUCUGAAUUUGAAGGCGUUGCAACUAAAGAGCCAUCAGACUUUGCAAUCAUUGGAUGUUGGCUCAAUCAAUGAACGUUUGAGUCAUAUCAAGUCAACCGCUCCAUUAUUUUUCAACCUCCUGAAAGACUCUGUUGAUUGGUGGAUCGAUGCGCCUAGUCCUUACAACGCCCAUCCACAAAUGAUUUUGAUGAAUAAGUCGUCCCCUACUCUCCCCAGUGAUACACUUGGUUACCAUUUCUGGAGGCUGCCUAAUGCCGUGCUGAAACUGAAUCGUAUGUGGUUUUUGAUUUCGAGGGGGAGAAGAAAGUAA